AUGAGCUUGUCACACAACCCUUCCAUCACACGCGCAACCGCGCAGCUGGACGACGACGACGAAUGGGAGUCUAUGCCAGUCGAAACUGCGCACACCUCAUCCGCUUCGAUACCCGUCAGUGCCUACUCGAACCCACAUGAUCUUCCCUAUGGAGACGAAGAUGAGGACGAUUCCGAUCCGGACGAUCCACGCAGAUUCCGUUCGCUGCCCUCCCGUUCCUCGACUCGCAAUCUGCCAAAUCGCUCCUCCAGCGGAACUCAUCACAAGCGCUCGGCUGCCAGGUCCCAAUACCUCACCGGCAACACUGCUUCAUCUAUCGGAGCAUCUGCUUCUCGCUCUCAGAAUGCCGCCACAAAUGCAACCGGCAAACACCUCGACAUUGACGACGCACGAGGCUACGACUGGCGCUCCAAACCAGCAAGCAGCCAGCACGCCGGCGAUGAUGAUGAUUCCGAUGGCGAAAAGGGCUACACACAGCUCAGACUCGACGAGGACGAGGAGGCAGAGCAACUUCACGCUGCAACCCAGUACCUCUUUAAAGAUGGCGCUCACCACGAUCCAUACGGCGACACUUCUACCGCCACCCCCCUCAACCAGAUGAAGACCACCAAACAGCUCCUUUCCGACGGUCAAAAGAUCGCUUAUGUUGGCCUCUGCAGCUUGAUAGCUUCCGAAAUGGUUCGACAAAUGCGCAGAGUACCUGGCAAAAACCUCGAAUCUGCAAAGAAAAGCAUUGAUAGCUGGAGGAUCAAGGUCAUGGCUCGACUCUAUCAGCAUAUGGAGAUCGAAAGCUCAGAGCAACGCAUGAUCGAGUCCUUAGCUGAACACGGUGUUCUGGCUACCGAUCUUGCGCCAUCUCUUAUCACCACGCAAACCAUCGACAAUCCCGACUUUGACCCAGAAGCUCUCAAAGAAAGGCAACAAGAGGAGCAGCAACUCCAAGAGCAGCACCAGCGAGAGCAGAACUCGUCAGAAAAUCUGUCAUCGAGCCCCACAAAUACAACCUCUGCCCAGUCUGAAAUUGCCAAGUCUUCCGAAUCAGAACCAGGACCAAACAGUGAUGAUCAACAGAAGCCAUCUGUAGACUACGACGAGGAGGACAAGGGGGAAGAAGAUUCUGACGGCGACUUGGGAGCAAGCCGGUCAAGGCUGUCCAGAUCCCCACCUAAAGACGGAGCCAAAUCACAUGCAAUCAACCCCAAGCAUGCUUCGAUCGACAAUGAAGGCUUCGACAUUGGCAUGCAGCUUGAUGAUACUACCAAGGUCCAACAGAAGGCCGACGAUCCGACAGACACAGCCACUUCUCCAUCCGCCUCUCCACAUCAGGACUCAGCAGCUCCCCCCAUCAUCGCAGAUCCCAACACUGCCUCGCAGCUUCUUAAUGCUAUAGACUCGGUCGGUGGCACGCCAACACUGCCUGACGUGGAAGCAGGGCCGGGUACUGUGACAACAACGCUAGGCCUCACAAAAGAACCGCAAGCUCUUGAACCGCCACCUGGUGCGCUCGAUGGUGUCACCACCAGCAUCAGCAGCGCCGAUGCUACCAUCACACUCGAUCUCCGAUGGACCGUGCUCUGCGACCUCUUCCUAGUCCUCACAGCUGAUAGCGUCUAUGAUGCUCGCUCCCGUGUACUACUCGAGCGAGUCGCCUCCUACCUCGGCCUCACUUGGAUGGAUGUGACUCAAUUCGAGAAGCGGAUCACUGACGCCCUUGAGAUUGAAGAAGGCGUCGAGAGCCUCAGCGAUCAGUCGGCCAUCAAGCAACGCAUGCUCAUGGCAAGAAAGAAGCGCAUGGUCAUGAUGGGUUUAGCCACUGUAGGAGGCGGUCUCGUCAUCGGCCUUUCCGCCGGUCUGCUAGCACCCGUCAUCGGCGCGGGCAUGGGUGCUGCGCUGGGUGCUGUCGGCAUUGGAGGCACCACCAGCUUCUUGGGCGGCGUUGGAGGCGCUGCCCUCAUCACAUCCACCGGCACCGUAGGAGGCAUGAGCCUGGCGGGCCGAGGCAUGAGCCGACGCACUCGCAGCGUAAAGACGUUCGAGUUUAAACCGAUCCACAACAACAAGCGCGUCAAUGCCAUCAUUUCCGUGCCCGGUUUCAUGAGCGGGGCGCAGGACGACGUGAGACUACCUUUCAGCGUCAUCGACAGUGUCAUGGGCGAUGCUUUCAGCGUCUUGUGGGAGCCCGACAUGAUGCAAGAGAUGGGAAACGCGCUUGGACUCCUUUGGAACGAGACCAUUGUACAAGGUGUACAGCAAGCCUUGGCACUGACCGUAGCCGGUGCCGGUGCCAUGCUCACGGCGUUAGCGUGGCCACUGUGGCUCACCAAGUUGGGCUACCUCAUCGACAACCCUUGGUCCAACGCUUUAGACCGAGCUCAAGCUGCGGGCCUUAUUCUCGCAGACACCUUAGCCAAACGCCAGCUCGGCGUGCGUCCGAUCACGCUUGUUGGCUACAGUCUGGGUGCCAGAGUCAUCUUUUAUGCGCUCGUCGAGCUCAGUAGGGUCAAGGCGUAUGGCAUCGUACAGAACGUCUACAUCAUGGGCGCUCCUGUCACCGCCAAGGACGAUACUUGGAAAGAGGCUAGAAGCGUCGUUUCAGGCCGGUUCGUCAGCGCCUUCUCUCGUAGUGACUGGAUUCUGGGCUACUUGCAUCGCGCAGCUUCCGGCGGCCUCCGAAGCAUUGCUGGCUUGCAUCCCGUCGAGAGGGUCCAAGACAUUGAGAACGUCGAUGUGACACACGUGGUUCCGGGUCAUCUCGGCUAUCGGCCUUUGAUGCCGCUCGUGCUCGGCGAGCUCGGUUUCCGAACCACUGCAGAUUAUUUUGACGAGCCCGAAGAUCUCAACGCCAUCCCAGAGAGGCAAGUGGUGCGCGACGAAGCGCCUAGUAAUCUCGAACUUAAGCCCGUCUCUACCAGUACGGGCGGCUUUGGCAAGAUCUUCCGACGCAAAGGCACAAGCAACACAAGCAGCCGAAGCGCGACUCCGGCACGAUCCAACUCUGCUGCUGGUGCAGCGCCAGCCGCAACUUCAGCAUCUGGACAUGUGGAAUACGAUGAGUACGACGAUGACGACUUGCCGCCCCGGGUUGAGCAUGAGCCAAAGCCGGCUCAGCAACCCAGCGCUGCUCAAGUAGAGAAAGCCAAGCAGAUGCAAGAGGAAAUCGUCAAGCAGUCUGUCUCUCGCGUUGAAGCGGUACGAGCGUCGCACGAAGGCUCUGGCCGUGCUGCCACGCCGGAAGCGGAUCGACCGAACUCGACGAGCGCCCACUUUGACACUGAGGCGAUCAUGCGUGAGCUGCGUGAGUCGGGCAUCGAGGUCAAAGAAUUGGAAAGUUCACUGCCACCUCUUCCGCUUUCCACUGAAGCCGCAACGUCUGCAGCGCCUUUGGCCGACGAAGAUAGUACGGACGCUCAUCAGCGACCAAGUACAACUGGGCCUUCUGCCAUCAGUCCUGUUGGUACUCUUACAGCGACCGAGAUAGGCUAUUUGGAGUCGGCACAAUCUCUGUCGCGAGCUGAUUCGGUGGCGCCGGACGGCGGCAUUUCGCUCACAUUCGCAUCGUUCGACGAUGAGGAUAUCCGACCCGCCGAAAUCGUGACAGAGUCGGCAACAGCAAAGUAUGGCUUAUCGCCGUCAGUGGCAGAAGAACUCGCAAAUCGAUUCAAGGAGGACGAUGCGGGGGGGUUGAGUUUGGCAGAAAGCGGACCUGUGCUGAGGGAUGUGGCAUGGCCAGGAGCAGAAAAUGGGUGGGGAGUUGCACGUCCGGACACGUCGUACGAUGUUUCGAUGGGAACCAGGAGUGCGAAGCAUUCGCUGCCGACAAGUUCGAGUCUUGGGUUUGCUGAGAUACUUUCGCCUAGUCACGAACGAUCACUGGACGCAUUGACGCCGCCCAGCGUGGCGGUCGGUAGAGGUUUUGACUUUAGCAAGCGCACUCGGUACAGUGCCAGGCUCGUCACAAUCGGAACGAAAGCGCGUUUGAUCUGGGCUCGGGGUCAAAGCCAUUUGCAUCGGGCGAGCGCGGCCAGCGACGUCCUGGGGACGGAAGCGGCAUGA